GCAUUGCUCGAUCGACGCUUCUGCUAAUAAUAAUAUGAUGUAUAUUCUCCUCUUUCCAUUAGAACGAACAGACCAACAGCCACACUCAAAGUGUUGAUUCUUCCACAAUUGUCUCCGUAAUCCCUAGAAAAAUGGAGAUCGAUCCUCCCGCAUCUAACGGGAAUCCCUCCGCGCCGGCAGGCAGCGCUGCCGUCGCGGCGGUCGCCUCCGCCGCUGCCGCAGCUGCACCCGCCGCCUCCAAGAUGACGCAGCUGACGGAAUCGCUGAAGCUGGAGCACCAGUUCCUCAGAGUGCCGUUCGAGCACUACAAGAAGUCGAUCCGCGCCAACCACCGCGUCGUUGAGAAGGAGGUGUCCUCCGUCAUCUCCGGCGUCGGCGAGGUCGCCGACUCAGCUGACGUGUCGCGCGAUGAAGCCGUCGAUCGCCUGAGCUCGCUUGUCUCCAGGCUGCAAGGCCUCAAGAGGAAGUUGGAAGAGGAAAGUCGGACAGAGCACUUGCAAGCACAAAGAUGCCGAGCUCGACUUGAUCACUUGGAAUCAGCAGACUCAGAGAAUUUAUCAGAUUGGAACAAUACAAGAUUGAAGCGGAUUCUUGUAGAUUACAUGUUGCGAAUGUCUUACUAUGACACUGCAGUGAAACUUGCAGAGACCAGUAAUAUACAGGAUCUUGUUGAUUUGGACGUAUUUCAAGAAGCAAAAAGAGUUAUCGAUGCCCUUCAGAAUAAGGAAGUUGGUCCGGCACUAGCUUGGUGUGCUGAAAACAAGGCAAGAUUGAAGAAAUCCAAAAGUGUAUUCGAAUUUCAAUUGAGACUCCAAGAAUUUAUAGAAUUGGUCAGAGCAGAGAAUUAUACACGAGCUAUUGCAUAUGCUCGUAAGUACCUUGCACCAUGGGGAGCUACCCAUAUGAAAGAAGUGCAACGAGUUAUGGCUACCUUGGCAUUCAAGAGUAGCACUGAAUGUGCAACCUAUAAGGUUUUAUUUGAACCUAAGCAGUGGGAAUUGCUGGUGGACCUAUUCAAACAGGAAUUCUGCAGAUUAUAUGGCAUGACUGUUGAGCCUUUGUUAAAUAUAUAUUUGCAAGCAGGAUUAUCUGCUCUCAAAACACCAUACUGUUAUGAGGAUGAUUGCUCCAAGGAGGACCCACUGUCACAAGAAAGUUUCAGGAAGCUAGCGAUGCCAUUGCCAUACUCCAAGCAGCAUCAUUCGAAGCUUGUAUGUUACAUAACAAAAGAGCUCAUGGACACGGAAAAUCCUCCAUUGGUUCUACCUAACGGUUAUGUCUACAGCACCAAGGCUCUUGAAGAGAUGGCGAAGCAGAAUGACGGUAAAAUUACUUGUCCACGGUCAGGGUUGGUCUGCAACUACACAGAUUUAGUUAAAGCGUACAUCUCUUAGCCUAUCUAUUUGCCUUUUACUCUGCCUCCUCCCGUAGUCGUGGUCUGUACAUAAGCACAGAACUCUUCAUGUUUACCUGUUGUUUUAGUUUCUUUCCAAUAAUGUAUCGAUUCAAGUAAAUGUAAUAAGUAAGAUUCCGAAAUUUUUUUUUUUUUCAAUAAUGGAUUUGGUCUGUGUAUUGAACACCGCAAUGUGCACACUUUCACUGCAGGUGAAAGUAUAGUUUAUCGAGCA